AUGCUUGCUACGUCCGCUCUACGCUCCGUCAUCGCGGUGAUGCUCGCCCUUGCCCUUCCGGCGAGCGCAGCACCCCAGCCCAUCAGCAAGCGCUCAACGUCUGAACUCAGCUUGACAGCUCAAUUGCGGCUUGCAGACACUGCCAUUGAACGUUACCAGCUCCUGCCAAAAGAUGAAGACUUUGUCUUCAAUUUCACCGCCAGCAAGACUCCGGUUGCCACUAGCCAAAAUUUCCCUGCCCUCGUUGGCACUGGUGCCGCCUUCAGUAUCGGGGAAUUGCCAGCAUGCAGUAUGAGCUUCCUCCAUCUCCACCCUCGCGCCACCGAGCUGUUUGCCCUUACGUCAGGGCAUGUGCUGUCCGAAAUGGUACCAGAGGCGGGAGUCCUAGACUCUGAAGGCAAGCAACGAGUUAUCCGCGUGGAGCUCGGCCCUGGCAUGGUAACCAUCUAUCCGGCCGGUUCGUUUCACACGCAGGUGAACCCGGACUGUGAGCCUGCCAAAUUUGCGGCAACAUUCACGUCCGAUGAGUUUGCGGUGGGUCUGGUCGCUGCAGAGACAUUCUCCCUCAGCGAUGACGUGAUUGCUGCCACUUUUGGGCAGAGCAUUGCCGGUGAGGAUAUCGAGACUGUGAGAAAUGCUAUUCCAACGACUAUGGCCAUCAAGGUGGAGGAGUGUUUGCAAAAGUGUGGCAAGCAGAAGCGUCAAGCUUGA